UCGAACCACACAAAGGAAAGGAAAUGGAAUCAUUUCCAUUUCUCUGCCUCCAAUUCCAUCUCAACCUAAACCCUUGACAAAUAAAAAGUAAAACCCUUAUCUCCCCCUCAAAUAAACCCCUCCAGAUUCGGCUGGCAUACAAUCUCCAAAAAUGGUCGGACCUUUAGUCCGUACACUUUUCUCCACAACAACAAGAAGAAAACUAUCAUCAUCAUCAUCCGGCGGAUUCUUGAGAAGAUCUUUCCUGUCCACAGCAACAGCCUCUGCGGCGGAUCCCGGCGGCGCGCUUGAUCCUAACCGUCUAAGAAAUGUGGCGGUGAUUGCUCAUGUAGAUCAUGGAAAGACAACCCUUAUGGAUCGUUUGCUUAGACAGUGUGGUGCUGAUAUUCCCCAUGAACGUGCCCUUGAUUCUAAUCAGCUCGAGAAAGAACGUGGCAUCACUAUUGCCUCCAAGAUAACUUCCAUUUCAUGGAAAGAAAAUGAGUUAAACAUGGUUGAUACACCAGGACAUGCAGAUUUUGGCGGUGAGGUUGAGCGGGUUGUUGGCAUGGUUGAGGGAGCCAUAUUAGUUGUGGAUGCCGGUGAAGGCCCGCUUGCUCAGACAAAAUUUGUUUUGGCUAAAGCCUUAAGAUAUGGGCUACGGCCGAUAUUACUAAUGAACAAAGUAGAUAGACCUUCAGUUAGUGAGGAGAGGUGUGACGAAGUUGAGAGCUUAGUAUUCGACCUCUUUGCAAACCUUGGUGCAACAGAGGAGCAACUUGACUUUCCGGUUCUAUAUGCUUCUGCUAAAGAAGGUUGGGCUUCACUCACAUACACCAAGAAUCCUCCUGAUGAUGCCAAGAAUAUGUCACCGCUGCUUGAUGCAAUAGUAACAUAUGUCCCCCCUCCAAAAGCAAGCCUUGAUGAGCCUUUCCAAAUGCUGGUUUCUAUGAUGGCGAAGGAUGAUUAUGUGGGGCGAAUCUUAACUGGGCGUAUUACGUCCGGUGUUAUCCGCAUCAAUGAUAAGAUUCAUGGACUACGUGACACUGAUACCGGUGUUGUAAAAAUUGAAGAAGGGAAAGUUGUGAAGCUAAGGAAAAACAAAGGGAUGAUUUCAUUUGAUGUCGAUAGUGCCGGUGCUGGCGAUAUAAUAUCAAUUGCGGGGUUGAAGAGUCCAUCAAUUGGGCACACAGUUGCUAGUGUUGAGGUCAUGACGGCCUUGCCCACCGUUGAGUUGGAUCCUCCCACCAUUUCAAUGACUUUUGGUGUAAAUGACUCUCCAUUAGCUGGUCUUGAUGGUACUCAAUUAACUGGAGGAAAGAUUGGUGAUCGCCUAUUGGCUGAAGCUGAAACAAAUUUAGCCAUAAACGUAAUUCCUGGUUUAGCAGAAUCAUAUGAGGUUCAAGGCAGGGGAGAACUUCAGUUAGGUAUCUUGCUUGAAAAUAUGAGGCGUGAGAAAUUUGAGCUUUCUGUCUCGCCACCACGAGUUAUGUACAAAAUCGAGAAUGGUGUGAAGUUAGAGCCAAUUGAGGAAGUAACUAUUGAGGUGAAUGAAGAACAUGUAGGGCUGGUAAUGGAAGCACUUUCUCACAGGCGUGGUGAGGUCACCGACAUGGGUCCUGUCCCCGGAAACUUUGGCAGAACUAGAAUGACAUUAACUUGUCCCUCUCGGGGACUCGUUGGUUACAGAAGCGUCUUCAGUAGUGACACCCGGGGCACAGGAUUUAUGCACCGUGCAUUCAUGGCAUAUGAAAAAUAUCGAGGUCCUCUUGGAAACGUCAGGAAAGGAGUUUUGGUAUCAUGUGCUCGCGGUACAAUAACAUCUUAUGCAUUAAUGAGUUUGGAACCACGCGGAACACUUUUUGUUAGUCCUGGAGUAGAGACAUAUGAUGGCAUGAUUGUCGGUGAACACUCACGCGAUACGGAUCUUGAUGUUAAUCCGGUACGCAAUAAGGCACUUACGAAUAUAAGAUCGGCUGGAAAUGAUGAGAAUGUGAAACUGUCUCCCCCUCGUCGAAUGACACUUGAAGAAGCUAUAGGCUACGUGGCAUCUGAUGAGUUAAUUGAGGUUACACCUCUUAAUAUUCGGUUAAGAAAGAGAUACUUGGACUCUAACAAGCGUAAAACAAUGAGUAAAAAGCCGAAGGAGUGAAGCCAUAUAUUGCGAUGAGAUACAUGAAAUGUAACAUUUAAGGCAUAUCAUACGGUACAAUUUUGACACACGCUGCUUGUCGAGAAGAGACUCCUGUUUGGAUUAUGGUCAAUUUUUUACUAGAGUCGUACAUUUCGAGAACAUAUAAUCAUUCUUGGCAAUAAUAAUGCAGCAAGAAGAUUCUUGAUUCUGUUAAAAAUUAGAUAUAUAUUCAUAUACAUGUAGUUGUGACAUAUGGCAGCAUCAAUUGAUAGUGUGCUAUUUAUUUCAGCAAUCUGAUUGCUGCGGCUUGUUACUAAUAAUUGAUGCAAUGUUCAGCGUUCUUUUUACCAA